AUGCCUGGCGUUCCAUCAAACAGAGCUUGUGAGCGAUGUAAACAGCGCCACUUGAAGUGCGAUGAGACUCGUCCGGGUUGUCGCCGCUGCGCUUCAGCAGGCAUCGAAUGCCCGGGUUAUGUCCAGACACGUAAGUUCAUAGAUGAGGGAGCCACAGUGCGUCGGCGAUAUGCCCCGUAUCACAGCAAUACUCCCAGGUCAACCACGGCCAGUAUGGCUGCAGCGGCCUCCCGUGAGAAAGCAUCAAGUCCAAAACAGGACUCGAGGCUACGGGCUUCUGAUGCAGAUCGCCAUGUAAAGACAUCUGCAGUCGAUGCGUCUCAGGCACAUCAGAAUGGCCCAGAGAAGGACGCUCUUGGAAGCGAACCAAUGGCCCAAAGCAACAAUGAUCCUACCGCAGAUUCUGCGGAUUCAGGUAGUACAGGUGCACUGGAACUUACUGCGCCCACCGCUGGGGAUGGUUCCACGAGCUCUGAACUGCCCAGCGAACUUAAUGGUACAGUAGCUUUGCCGCACUACGAUGAAGGAGACUCUUCUGUGUUCAAUAAAAAGAGCAUUAUUGGGCCAUCAGUGGGCUCCUACAGUGCCGCUCUUCUCAGCCCUCUAGAUUCGCUCAGUGCACCAUUUGAACCCCCAGCUUCGUUUCCUGCUCUCCAGACAAAUGUCGAAGUGUCAACCCAGAAGAAACUCGGAAAUGACCCUUCUGAUAUUUUGUCCGAACUUAUGAUUGGGGGUGAGCACGAAAUGGCUUUCUUGUCCAGGCACUUUUGUGAGGUUCUGGGCCCUUGGUUGGACCUUUUCGACGCGGGGAAGCUUUUCUCCGCAUUUGUCCCCAUCAGAAGCAUCAAUAGCUCGAUGCUGAAGUACGCAGUUGCUGCGGCAGCUGCGAAGCAUUUGGGCAGGGUCAAGGGAGCAAAAUCACUCGUCGGAGGCGGAAUGUUUACGAGUCCCGCAACAAUGGAAGUAUAUCCAAAUGCGCCAAGGGUCGAUUGGUUCUUUAAAGCUGCCAACUACUAUCAUCAGGCAUUGUUCUACUUGAGACAGUCCCUCCCCGGGUCAUUUGCGACCUCUCAAUUCUCAGAGCUCGCGGAGAGUCCUGUUCAGAUCAUUAGUCAGUGGUUGAGCCUGAAUCUGAACGCAAUGCCCGUCGCAUCCGACUUCAAAGUUAAUGGCUCGGUUACUGGUGCCAAAGUCUUUGACGAAAUUCUUCCGACUGCAGCGAUAUUAUCGGUCUACGAGUUCCUUGAUCUACCAGGACCGGAAUGGGAGACAUAUCUGAGUGGUUUGAAGCCUAUGGUGGAGUCAUUCCAGACGUCACAUGUCGCCUUGCAGUGUAACGCUGCAAUCUUUUCGCAGGCUACUAGAGCGGCUUUUUGGGUAUUCGCCCGCGAAGACUAUCUGGCCGCUUAUAUAAAUAGGACGAAAACACAACUAGAUCCAGAGAACCUGCCACUUUGGCGAAGCGCGGGGAUACCUAUCGAUGAACAAGGCGUUCUUCGACUAGACAACAGUGUCCCACGCCCUUCUGAGCACGAUUCCCUAUUGACUAAGGAAGACAUUGCGGCAAAUGGAUUGGUCUGGCUUCUUUCUAAGCUCAUCAAUUUUCUGGCGAAAAGCAAGGAGUCGCAGUUAGCACAAUGGGCGACACCCUCGUCGAUGAUGUCGAGUGUGGACGAACCGCAAAUAGCCACGUCUCCACCAGCAUAUCCCACUACUACCGUCUGGCUACGACUGUGUUUCGAGUUUCAGACAUGGGUGGAAGGGCUUCCAGAGACAUUUCGCCCUUGCGUGCGGAUCGAACAACCCAGAGACAUGUCUGUACCAUCUGACACUGCUCGUCUGCCGUUCCCGGAGAUAUUCUAUAGCCUUCCAAUUUGUGCCGCAACGAUGCAGCAUUUUCACUUCGCUCGAAUAGCACUGCUCUUGAACAGGCCACCUGAUGUUGUUUCAAGUGCUAGCACUGCCCGGGAUCGUCUACAGGGUUUCCGUGAAGUGACCAAAGAGGUGGAGCAUCGUUGUCGAGAGAUUUGCGGAAUUGCACUUGGACGACCCGAAGGUGCUGUACGGAUCCAUAUGGUGCAGCCACUGUUUGUCGCAGGACAGUGUCUUGAGAACCCGGAAGAGAGGCAAAUUAUCAUUGAUCUCCUGCGGGGCAUCGAGGCCGAUUUUGGAUGGUCGACGGACUAUCGGAUCAAACAACUACAGGCAGAUUGGGAGAGAUAG